GCACAGCACCGUGACGCUGUCCGACGAGCGAUGCAAAUAUACCGUACAGUCAUUCGAGAAAUCGUCGCUGAACGCAAUGGUCCCGACUGUGUGAUGUAGUAACCAUUACACCCCGGAGACUUCGUCGGCGUUCCGAAGCGAGGCCCACUGGUAACUCGGACGGAGGAGCAUCACUGGGCAGCAGUGCGGUUGACAGCUGGCGGUGGCCGCAUCAGCGUCAGGCCACUGUCCUCCUGCGAACAUCUCCAUCACGCUUCGUCCGCGUCGCUGAUGUGAGUGUAUGCCAGUGAGCAUCGCACAGCCUCGCGCCCGCGCCUUAAAUGGCUGAUGUUGCGGGAGCCUGAGUACACGGGGCUGCCUUCCUCCAUCCAGCGGAAUCGAGUACUAUGGCAUCGUACGUCGUCGGCAACUAUUGUAUCAAUGCGGCUGUCACUCUAUAUGCUUAUGAGCGAGUCCUGACUGUCGACCGGGAGAUCAAUCUGGUUUGGAGGCGUGUAUCCAAGGGCCUCGUCAUGCCCGCUCUCUAUGUCGGUAUGCAUAUAUGCAUGAUGGUCUAUCUCCUGCUGGAGAUCGUUCCGUGGGGUUCGGGCAAGAGUGAAAACAUCGCAGUGAACACGCAAACUACCAGUAUCUGUCUUCUGUAUCUCAUUUGGGGAGCCAUAUCGGCGCUACGUGUGUAUGCGAUCAAUGGGCGAAAAAGGUGGACCCCGUUGGCCACGAUGGUCUUGCUACUCGUGCCUGUAGCAACGAACAUCGUCGAAUCAGCCGAUACAACCAUGUCAGAUGCCACGUAUUCCCAUCUCGUGACUGUCACCCGUGUCUGCGUCAUCGCGGCGGACUCACUCGUCCUAUUGGAAACGUGGCGCAAUACGUACGGCCUCAAGAAACUUGCGCGUGGUUUCGCGGUCCAACCGCCUAUUAUAUCGCUUCUUCUCAGAGAUGGUACUACGUACUUCUGUGUGCUGCUCGCAGUAAACAUCGUCACCGCAGUGCUGAGCGCGCUCAACCCUGUAUUGGAGAUCGCCGACUUUUGUUUCGUGCUCAAUACCAUCCUGCUCUCUCGAUUCUUCUUGAACCUCCGGGGAGUCUCUAUCCUACCUGAAGCCGGUUCUACCUCGUCUACAAUCUCUGAUGCUCACUUCGCGGACUCAUUGUGCACGCUAGGCGGAUCCCUGGCUGAGCAUAGGGGCUCUGCAGAAGACGUAUUGGACGACAUUGGCGAGUCCGUGUUUGAUGUUGACGAGGGAGAGUAGCCUCCGGACGUAACAGAACGAUUAUUCCUCUCGUCGAGCCCCGAUGAGCGGGGGCGUGUUGACACACUCCAAACCCAGUCGACGGACCCCACGAUGCCAGACGCCGUUGACGUACACGUAUGCAUGCCGAACUUAAAUCUUGUAGACGACGACCAUGCGCUUUUUGCAUUGAGCAGGUUCUCUUGGGACAGCAUCUCUAGCGUCGGUACGCACUGGGACAUACGCGUAUAAUCAGACAACAUGUAGUGGUAGUGACGAUAGUGUUGUUCUCGCAGGACAAUGAGUUGCGAUGCACUGACGCGUUGAAGGUUGUAGUUUCCGAG